GGGAGCCGGGAUGUGCGUCCGGGUUGGGUCGGCCCCAGCGAGCGGUUUCCUUUCGCCUUCCCUCCUUCUCCCCUUCCCUGCCUCCCUCCCUCGCUGAGGCGGAGCCGCCGCCGCCGUGCCCUCUGCGGGAGCGCCGCCCGCCCCGCUCCCGACGGGGGUUGAAUCAGUAGUUUCCUGAAUAAGCCAGAGAGUCACUUGGGCUGCAAAGAUGUUGGAAGAAGAUAUGGAGGUGGCCAUCAAGGUGGUGGUAGUAGGAAAUGGAGCUGUUGGGAAGUCCAGUAUGAUUCAGCGAUAUUGCAAGGGGAUUUUUACAAAAGACUACAAGAAAACUAUUGGUGUAGAUUUCCUGGAAAGACAAAUCCAAGUUAAUGAUGAGGAUGUCAGGCUAAUGUUAUGGGACACUGCGGGUCAAGAAGAAUUUGAUGCAAUAACUAAGGCCUACUAUAGAGGAGCCCAGGCUUGUGUUCUGGUGUUUUCUACAACUGACAGAGAGUCCUUCAAAGCCAUCCCUACCUGGAAGGAGAAGGUCAUGACUGAAGUUGGAGACAUUCCCACAGUUCUUGUGCAGAAUAAGAUUGAUCUUCUUGAUGACUCUUGUAUAAAGAAUGAAGAGGCAGAAGCGCUGGCAAAAAAGCUAAAAUUAAGGUUCUACCGAGCAUCUGUGAAGGAAGACCUAAACGUAACUGAAGUUUUUAAGUAUUUGGCUGAUAAAUAUCUUCAAAGGCUGAAGCAACAAACAGCAGAAGAUCCAGAACUAGUACAUACAAGCAGUAACAAGAUUGGUGUUUUUAAUACAGCUGGUGGAAGUCACGCCAACCAAAAUUCUAGCACUCUUAAUGGUGGAGAUGUCAUCAACCUUAGACCAAACAAACAGAGGACCAAGAAAACCAGAAGCCCUUUUAGCAACUGCAGCAUACCUUAGACCACUUUUGGAGGAAGAAAGACCAGCCCAGCGAAUUGGAUGAAGUUGUGCAAUUGAGUACAGAAUAAAGCCAGCUGUAGAGGUAUUUUUACCAGUGCUUUAGCAAAUCUUGUGCCUAUGGGAUCCUUGAUAGAGGGUGGAUUUAUAUAAACUUGCUGAUGCGGUGUUUUUUUGGUGUGUGGAGUGAGACACCUGCUGGCAAAACACAGAAUCGUUGGUUGCCCCGUGCACUUCGUAAAAAAAAUUAGGCAAGCUUCUCCUUUUUCAAGGAAUUAUUUCCAGAGCUAUCAGCUAGGUAUUGCUGAAUUGCAAAGCACAUGUAACUUCAGGAUAACACUUACCAAUAUAGGUACAGACCAUAACGCUAUGGCCCAAGGUAAAGUAGCAACCUGGCAACUAAAUUUCAAAGAAAAUGUUAAAUUGGUUAGUCAGUACACUAAGAAGAUAAAUGAAGAGCAAAAAGAAGACACUACGUUUUAUGCCUGACUAGAUUAACAUGGAUUCUGGCCGUUCUGUGGGUGCAAUAUACUUGUAUUAUACAUAUGAGUGCUAAGGUAUAUAUGUAAACAUUUGGUACGAAUAUUUAGGCUAAAUUCCAGUGUAUACAUUACAUGGAGAUCAGCUGAUGAUUACAAAAUAGCAUCUUCAAAAAAAAAAAAAUCCUUUAAAAAUGUUGUAUUUCAGAUGAGGGUUUCCCAGCUGCCACUGUGUACGUUUAACUUGCUAUACUUUGGGCCUAAAAGCUUAGAUUUAAAAAUGUAUGGUGCCAAAAAUGCUCCUUCUUCUUACCUAAUGCUGCGCUACAGAUGUUUUUGUAAGUUUGUUUUUCUCAGUCUUAACAGGUUGAACAAAUAACACAGUCUUUGACACUAAUAGUUAUUCAGGAGGAACAUUUAAUAUAAUCAUAUUCCUGUUCAAAUUUGAUUGUUGUAUCCUGUGUUGCCUAUGAAAAAGGAACUUGCAAAGCGGUGUCACAGAAUAUCUAUCUACCUUGGAAAAAUUUUUCAUAGAUACCAUAAACGAAGUUAUGGGGAUCCAAAAAAUUGCAGCUGAUGACUGAAUUACAUUAAUGAGACGUUCUUGAACGUUGUCUCAGAUUCAAAGUUAGCUGCUGGUUACAGAAAAUCUCAUUCUGCAAGUUCAGAGACAUGGCAAAAAUUUUUCAAAGUGCUUAAGUAAUUUUACAGAAUUGAUUUAGAUGUUUAGGAGCCCAAAUCUAAACUUAAGUUAUUUGGGCUUAGGCUCCUAAAUCACUAAGGUGCUUUUAAAAAUGCUAAGCAAGGUAUCUUUUAUUUACCAAAAAUAAACACUUUUUAAUCCUCUUCAAGAGCAUGCAUGCCUUUUAAAAAAUAUCCAUUUUGUUUACAUGUUUUUGUAUGGUAUGAUAUAAUUUUAACUUUCUAGGAUUUCUACAACAAACCUGCCGGUGACAAAUGCAAAAUAUGCUGCUUGAAAAAAAAAAUCAGAGUUUUAAUAGUUUUUUAAACGAUGUAUGAGAAUGAAAAGGAGUUGAACGAUUCUGUAUAUUUUUGGAGGAAGGACUUUUCACUGUGUGAAUUCCUGUCGGAAGCUUGGCUGACUUUGUUUCUAAGUCAAUGAGUAUGAAAACUGAAACGUACUUUUUUUUUUUUCCCCGCUGUCUGCAGGGAGAGAAGUGGGUGGCAAGUUAUGCACAAACACUAAAGAUCUCUGAACUCUGUCUUUUAUGUUUACUGUAUUAGACUUUCUACCGAGUACCGUUGUUUCUUUGACAAGCUGUUAGAGCAUCUCCCGUUGCUGGCAAGAAGGCGGCCUUCAAGGCGCUCAAUCUCCUUUGCCAUGGCAGCAAAACUCUGUGUUCUUCACCGUUAACUUUUCCUAUAUUUUCUCUUGGAUAAAGGCCUUCAUUUUUUAACAAGUGCAUUUCAUCGCUGUAUGUAUGUGUAAAUGGAGUCAAGUCCUAUCUGUCUUAGCAAUUUAAGAAGUAAGGUACUUAGGAUAAGACACGACUGUGCAUCAUGGGGCCACCUUACAACUUCAGGAUGUAGGACAGAAGUGUGUGCAUGAAGAAUUUUGGUGUUUUUAACAUGGAAACUUUUACAUUCCAUUGUCUGCCUGCCGGUUUCACAUUUUUUUAUUCUUUUUUUUUUUUUUCUUGAAAACGAAACAAAACCACAAAGUGUCUGAAACAUCUUUUUUGCCUUGUUUGACUUUGUACAGAGGACUGAAAAAUAAGUCUUUAUUAUGUAUGAUGACCGUUUGUACUAUUACGUGUAAUAAUGUAGACGUCGUAUUAUUACAUAAGCCAUUUGUAUUUAAGGUCUGUCAUUACAAACCACUGUUUGAAGGACUGAAAACUCAGUAGAAAUUUUCAUAGGUGGAGACAAUUGCUAAAUUUAGGAUAUGGUGAAAUUUAGUACACAUACUUUACCAUAGGAAUCUGUAUUUGCAGCGUUGGGUAACUGAGUGUUAAUUUCAUUCCCACCUGAAAUCUGAAGCGGCUCUUUCUUUGUUGUGACUUUGCAGUGCUUGUUCUCCAAUACAGCUGAGAUGGAGACUGUCCAAAUUAGCCUUUUGCUGGAAGCGCUCUGCAUGUACGCUGCUUGAAAAUUAAAUUUUUAUCCUACUGGGGUUAGUGUGUAGACGUAAACUAGAUGACUUGCAUAUUGCAGGAAUCCUUAGGUGUUCACAUUGCCGUUCAGUGGGAGUAACUUUCGCCUUUUGGAUGAAGAGACAUGCCUAAACGUUUAGCACUCACGUUGUCCCUUGUGAAUAAUUUUUAUUAUAAACAUUGCCCCAUUCUCGUUAAAAUACCAUAUAUUUCAGUUACCAAAAGCUACAGGCGCAGAGCUGGUAAUAAAAAUGCCCUUCUCUGUGCACCUGUGUGACUGCGUGGUGGAAGAGAGCGUAGCUGUUAGGCCCGUGGCAGGUGGGCAGCCUGGAUUCCGAGGAACAGAUCUUCCUACCGCAAGACACGACUUUUGCUCUGUGAGACUAAGCUAAUUGCACUCCUCUUUCACCCGUUAAUAUCUCUCGAAUGGCUCAUUGGAUGUAUUGUCUGAAUCUUGCCAAAAAUGCUCUGCUUUCGGCUGACAGCGCUACCACUAGUAGAAAACUUGGGUCAUUGUUAAUGCCUUAGUGACAUGGGCGUUCAGUGAAGAGCAUGACGCUGAAGCAUCUGUGGCUCCCGUGUUGUAUCCAUUCAGUGAAUGGGUGUUCUCCCAGUAAGCAGGGCACCGUUUGAUGCAAAGCGGUAACGCUAGGGAUGUAUUUCCGACUGGAAAUAACAAAUCUCAAAGUUGUAAGACCGAUGACACUAAGACUUUUGUGCUUCUGUGUGUGUGGUUAAUUUAAAAAAAAAAAUUAAAUAUUCCACUUAAAAGACGAUUUUGAAGCUUUCUUAUUUUCAGUGUUUUCUUAAGGCAACGCUUACAGUUUUGAGUCAAAAUGCCUGAUUACCAUACUGUCAGUCUGAUUUCCUGUUUAAUUUUUUCAUGCUUCAGCAAAAUUUGUCUUUUUUUUUUUUUUUUCCCCUCUCUGUUAUUGGGCGACAGUCUGUCUGACAGUACGUUUUCCUUUGCGUCACGUGUGUAGAUGUGUGUUGUGCUAUAGGGACCCGAGCGGCUGGACACGUCGUACUGCCUGGAGGCUGUGCAGGGGUACGUGCGUUGUAGUGUGUGAAUGUGCACUUUGAACCUCGUUAUUCAUCUGUUCAAGUUGAUAGCUACCGGUUAAUAACAGAAUUAAUUACUCGCACUGCAGAACCCUCGUGUAGGAAUUUGGUCCUACAGCAGACUUAACAAACCCACUUCUUGGAUUCCUGUGACGGUACCGAAGUCCCUGCUGCUUUUCUAACUGUUAUCAUAGACCGUGGGCUGACGUUGCAGUUCCUGCACGCUAGUUGUACCUAAGCCAGAGAGCGAGUGUUGUCCAACAAGCCUCAUUUCAUCAAAACUACCUGGCCAGCUUUUUGUAGGAAGCAAACAGUUGCGUGUAUCUUUUUUUCUUUUCUUUUAAAUUCUCAAACAAUAUUGACGAAUACUUCUCUCUGUUAAAUAUGGCAUCCUAAUAGGUUAUUAAAAUUAUAGAAGAAAAACUGCAGCAAUGUUUAGAUUUAAGACGAAAGGUGCUAUAAUAGACGAAGAGAAAACCUUCAAACAGUUCCACGUCGAAGUGUUCUGUAUGAGUCAUCUCAAAGCCAGGUGAGUCCCAGCACCGAACUAGACUCAUGCUCAGGUUUCUAGCAGUAGGGGAAUACUGAUAAAUAACUUCUGGAGUGAGGGUUCGUUCUUCUCUUGCCGACUUAAAGGUGGUUCAGCAGAACCAACUGAAGUUGAUCAGAAAAAAUAAGUAAAAAUUAGUCUGGACCAGGAGAAAUACCACUCUCAUUGUGAGGAUAAAGAUGCAUCGUUACUAAUGAAUGACGUACUCUUAUUUCCAAGUUCAUGUGAAUCUGAAUGGUUAAAACAGAUAAUGUACAUAACUGUUUUUAUCACCAUUGUGAUCUCAAGUAAACGUAAUAUAUUUUUAGAAAAAAAAGUCAACUUACAGUAAAUCCUCAAGUGGAAAAAUAAAUGUUUAAAACUGAAUAUUCUGUGUAUGCCGUUCCUGUAAAAUCCCUACGAGUUAAUUCUGCUGUUCUCUUGUAAGUGCCAUCAGUUGUAUCACGCAAUUUAAACAUGUUUGUUUGAUUACUGUUUGCUCUGAUACAGGUCACGAUGUUUGUGGUUCUAUUAAAUUGUCAGUGUAUUAAUUUUCAAAAAG